CCACCCGCCUUUGCUUGAGCGCCCCCUUCCUGCUCGAGUUCCCUCCCAUCGCUCCUCUCUCUCCACUGCCACGGCCGCUCUCCUCGCAAUUCCCACCCCGUCCUCGCCUCCCCGCUCCCUCCUCUCGCCGCCCGCCGGUUCCGAUCCCUAGCCGCCGCCUCUCGAUUUCCUGUCCCGUGUGCUGGUUGUUGCGGUGAGCCUGCGGGUUCGAGGGAGAGGCGAUGGGCGUCGGGAGCUCGGCGGAGCGUCGGAAUGCGAGUCCGCUGGGCGAGAAGGGGACCGGAGGGCGCAAGGGUUCCGCCGGGGUGGGCUGCUGGAUCCUCUGCCUCUCGCCCUCCUCCUCGCGCGCUAAGGUCGACGCCGCCCUCUGCGGCGCCCGUGGCUCCUCCGAAACUAGAGGAAAGAAUGAUGCUAUCCAGAACCAACCUGUGCGACAGAUAGUGCCAGCUUCAACAUCGCCUAGCAAUGCUGAAAAUAUUUUGCCCCGAUCUAUAGUUGCAGAUGGGCUGACAGUAGCAUUCCAGUUGCGGAAAUUUACUUUCAAUGAAUUGAGGUUUGCCACUAGAAACUUCCGUCCAGAGAGUCUUCUUGGUGAGGGAGGGUUUGGCCGUGUCUACAAAGGGUGGAUUGGAGAGAACGGAACUGCCCCUGUAAAACCGGGCGCAGGGCUAAUUGUUGCUGUUAAGACCCUCAAUCGUGACGGACAGCAGGGUCACAAAGAGUGGGUGGCAGAGGUCAACUUUCUAGGAAAUCUACAACAUCCAAAUCUGGUGAAACUGAUCGGUUAUUGUAUUGAGGACAACCAGAGGCAGUUAGUGUAUGAAUUUAUGCCCCGUGGAAGUUUAGAGCACCAUCUAUUCAGGAAGUCAGUGCCACUUCCAUGGUCCACCCGAAUGAAAAUUGCACUUGGCGCAGCAAGGGGCCUUGCCUUUCUCCAUGAAGAAGCUGAAAGGCCUGUUAUCUAUCGGGAUUUCAAAACUUCAAAUGUUUUGCUUGAUGCAGACUAUAAUGCGAAACUGUCUGAUUUUGGGCUUGCUCGAGAUGGCCCCAUAGGUGAUAAGACCCACGUGUCCACGCGAGUCAUGGGAACCUACGGGUAUGCUGCGCCGGAAUAUGUUAUGACAGGUCACUUGACGUCCAAGAGCGACGUGUAUAGCUUCGGGGUGGUGCUGCUGGAGCUCAUGACAGGCAGGCGAUCGAUGGACAAGAACCGACCAACAGGGGAGCACAACCUUGUGGAAUGGGCUCGGCCCCAUCUGAAACAAAGACAAGGAUUCCAAGCCCUGAUGGAUCCAAAACUUGGUGGGAAUAUCCCCAUGAAAGGCGCUUACAAGGUGACCCAGCUGGCCCGUGCCUGUCUCACCCGGGAUCCAAAGGCCAGGCCUCUGAUGAGCCAGGUUGUGGAGAUACUCAAGCCUCUCCCGGACCUGAAAGACAUGGUCUCUUCGUCCGGCUUGUACUACUCCUUGCAAGCAGGGCAAGCUGCAAGGCUUGGCUACCCGAGUGGCAGCCGCACCAUGAGCCCGCUGAGCAGCUUUGCACGGAAUGGGCAGCAGCCGAUGAGGAGCCUCUCCCAGGGCCCCCGAUGCCAUGCUUCCCCAUACCGGCCUCAAGGCCAUGCUUCUCCGUACCCGCAGGUGCCGAGGAGCAGUGCCAAGUAGCUCUGGUGCAGUGUGUGAUCCUCCGUCAGUGACUUGUCAUCAUCACCAUACCAUUGAAGAUUAGAAAUUUGCGAGUAGGUAAUUUAGGCAUGUGAUGUUGUAAUCUGCUUCUGUGUUGUGACGGCUAGCCAACCGGGCAAGAGACUUCUCCUGCAUCUGCAGAGAGGUUAGAUUCAGUUAUACUAGACAAUCGAGUUUCUUGUGGGGGAGGUGUAGGUGAUUAGGUGUUACUACGUACUAGUAGCACUUAUAACUCACAAAGGAAGUUGACAUGAUCUGGUGAAAACUGAAGGGAGAUGGGGAAGUUAAGCUGGGCAAGAUUUUUGCUCCCCUGGAUAAAAGGCUUUCCUUUUCCUUCCAUUCUAUAUUUUUUAGAGACUCUAGAAUCGCUCCGCAUCGUCGGUGGCUGUGUAUAUCAUUGGAUUUGGAAUUUGGCAAAGAUUAAAGAGGGUGGUAAUGCAGCAAGAGGCCAGAUCUCAA